ACGUGUUUUUAUAAUAUUUUCGACUACGAUAGUCGCAAGUCGAAAUUCAAAACAUAAAAUGGGAAUAGUUAAUAUUAAAAAGAAAUCCUCUGUCAAAAAAUCAAUGUGUUAUUAUCAUUUUUAAAUAAAAAUAUUCAUCUAAUAAUCUAGACCUCGAUAAAGGCAAAAAUAUGAGCAAGAAAUUUGAAUUUAGAGAUGUGUCCAGUGGAUUUCAGAAAUUAAGAAAUUUUUUACUGGGCAGAAAACAUGUCUUGCACGGUAGAUUUCCCCCACUGUUGUCUCCUAGAACGCUCCCUCCGCCUGAUAUACCUCGGGGUCCUGAUAGUAAAUAUUCGGACAUGUAUUAUUAUCAACGAAGUGUUUAUAAUUCCAUCCAGCCUCCUGUAGUAGCACCGAUAGCGGAAGGACCACCUAUUUUAAGAGAUCCUACAAAAAAAGCCGCGGCUGGUGGCAUACGUGCUGAUGCCAUUAGUUUCAACAGUGCGCCCACUCCAGGUCCAGCGUGGUGGUGGGACGGCCACUGUUAUUAUGAAUGCGUACCAGAUCCUUCUAGUUACCCUUCUCCAGCACAAGAACCGGAUCCCUAUUGUCCCCAAGAAGCUUCAUCUUCUUCAAAAUAAUCUUAUUGUCUUAGUUUAUGAUUUAAAAUAUAUAACUUACUAA